AUGCUGGGGAGUGUUCCUAAUAUGCAAGAAAGUACUACUCAUAAAACUGCUGAUACUGUUAUAGACAACGUUUCUGGUCUCAAGAACCAGCACAAUUCUGCUAGUCAAGAGUCGUUGGCAAAUACCAAUGGUGAACAGGAUCAUGAACUCGCUCCGUCGGUGAAUGCUGGAAAUGCCGAUGCUGAGCAUGCUGUUACAUCACCUACUCACUCAUCAUCCAUGGUUGCUGCUUCCAAUGACGUAUCUGCAGAUUCUGCUUUAUCCAACUCCUUUGACACCGCUUUGCUUCCUUCCGACCCAGCACGAUCUGCUGAUGAUAUACACGAAGAUGACGAAAUUCCUCUUGGUGAACGCUACCAUGACCACACUCUUGUAGAUAAUCCUCAGCUUAACAAUGAGCGUGCUUUGAAUGCUGCUGAAGCCAGUCAGGCAAUGCCAGAUACUGCAUCUUCCGGUGCCUUUCCUGCCACCACACUGCCUGCUACUUCUGAUCCUAUCGACCAUUCUGGUAGCAUUGCUACAGCAGACAAUGAACAGCAGAGUAGACCUACAUCUUCCCAUGAUUCUGUACAGGGCUUUCAGCUUGUGCAGGCUACUGGGCUCACCGAUACCUGCACUCCCUCUCCAAAAGGAUCCAGCUUGCCUACAUUUGCAACCGCAUCUCCUGCUUGCACUGCUCCAAUCCCUACUGCACCACAUGUCGACAUGGGUGCUCGUCCAUCUCUCCCCAUCACUACUCCGACCCCUCCAGAGCCAGAGAGGUACAAUCCUCUUUUAGACAACUCAAAGUCGAAGCAGUUUAACCAGCGCUUGGAUUACAUGAUCUCAGAGUUCUUCACGAGGCAAGUGCAGAAACUUGCUUUAGGUGCUCCAGAGGCGCUUGAUCGCAACUAUCGUGUAUUCCAGCAGCGUGUCAAGGAACGGUUGGGCUCUCAGUGGGCUCAUAUCACCUCUCAACCAGAAGUUGAUGAAGCUGUAAAGCAAGUCCAGGAUAUGUAUGAUUUCUUUGCACGACUUGAAAAGAUGGUCGAGCGUCAAAUGAUUGCUCUCCAAAAAGUUAAUGAUAUAGACGUUGAAAUGUAUUUGUUUUAUCAACAGCAAUGCUUUCAAGAAUCGUUUGAAUCCAUUAGAAAGCCCAUGAUGCAGCUCUCACUUUCAUACAAGGCUGCUGUAGACGAGCGCGCACCUGUUCUUCAGUCGUAUGAGCAAUACUUGGAAUUUUUACGUACUUUUAAAGAAAAGGCCAUUGGCGAUGCACUGGAGACAAUGAAAAAACAGCAAUUGACUCGACUUGAGCUGGACAGUUAUGGCUCACGCCUUGGUCAGCUUGAAGAAAAGAAGCUCAAGGCAUUUGCAAAGGCUCCAGGAACUUUUUCACUUGGUGAGUCAACCUCGGCUGAGAAGGAGCUUAACAGCACCCGCCAGCGAUUUCACGAUGCCAAGAAUCGCUAUCAGUCCAUGUCUACACAGAUGAUUGACAAGUCUGGCUUGCUAAUAAUGAAGCGUGACGUUGAUUUCUCUGCUCAUAUUCGCAGAGUGGUCGAAGUUCAUGACUGGUUUUGCCGUGGAUUCCGUGCUCCUGGCCAAGAGGUUUCUGAUUCAGCGGUUCAAAUGCCCAAGGCAUCUACUCUAAAUGGAUUUGGAUCUGAUACUAUGUUUACCCCUCCACAAUAAUUUGUACUUGGUUGAGCAGACUUUACCUUUUACGUUGAGCCCAUAUACUCUUCUUUUCUGGUUUAUUGCCUUUCGACUCUAUGCCAUUCAUAUGUUUCCCUUUCCUACAUAACUUUUUGUUACUAAAUGCCACUAUUUGGAUUUAUUUGAGCCUUGAUAUUAUUAAAAACAUUGGAACAUGUUUUGAACUAUUCCUGCCAGUGUUGCUGUAAUUUGAAAUAAAAAUCAGUUUACUUUAAUACAUUAGUGGG